CCCACCCGGACUUGGUGGAGUGUGACGCACGUCAUUAGCAACAUGGCGUCGGGGCUGAUCCUCAAAAGUGGUGCGGUGACGCUGGGAAUGUUCUGCCAACGUUUUAGUUGGAAUGUGACAGUCACGCAGGUCCGGGGGGUGAAGCGAUGGAUGAAAGCCUACACGCACCUGAUGGCACUGAAGCUCAAGAUUGAAGGUCCUCCACCGCCCAAACCAAGAUCUCAAAAGCCUAAUUGGGAUUAUCAUGCGGAGAUUCAGGCUUUCAGCACACGCCUACAUGAGAACUUUUCCCUGGAGCUGCUGAAAACGGCUUUUGUUAAUCCCUGUUACCUGCAGGGGGAACAGAACCGGCGACAGGAGCUGGGCAUGGACUCUGCAGUCGCUGCUCUUGCUCUGAAAGAUAACCUGGAAUUGAGCGCCCAGGGAGAAACCGUCACCAAAGAAUUCCUGACGGAUUGGUGCAGGGCCAGCUUCCCCGAGCUGCCGACGGAAGGGGUGGAGAAUAUCGUGGGGCACCUCUCGAGCCUGGACCUGGUCAGCGAAGUAGCCCGAAAUUUCGGCAUUGAAGAUCUAACCCUGAGUUUAGAAUUCCCCGUCCCGGAUGAGGUGCUUCGUUCUACGUUCAUGGCAGUGAUUGGAGCGCUGCAUGGAAGUUCUGGAGCCGAGCGCACUGGAUAUUUCCUCAGGGACUUCCUGGUGUCCCAGCUGAUAGGAAAAGACCUGUUCGAUAUGUGGACUGUAAUCAAUCCCAUGGGACUUUUGGUAGAGGAACUGAAUAAAAGGAACAUUCCUCUUCCAGAGCCCCGCCUCAUUAGGUCUGCCGGGUCCAGCACCGUCCUGCCGCUGUAUUUUGUUGGUUUGUACAGUGAUAAGAAGCUCCUGGCUCAUGGUCCAGGCGAGACACUGGCUGCGGCAGAGGAGGAGGCAGCCCGCGUCGCCCUGCGGAAACUCUACGGCUACACUGGGAACCGCAGACCCAUGGACUUCACCGCCAAACCACAGCAUGAGCAGCCUUUACUUCAGUCGGUCAGCAGCAGUUAAUAAAACUUCAACAAAAACUGUCUUCCAUUAUCAAUAUUGGCCAAAUAAUUUGUCUUUUUUGGACCAUGGUCAUUGCCUUGUGGGCUUUAAAUGUCACCAUAUACCAGGUCUGGGCAAUUAUUUUGACUCGUGGGCCACAUUUAGGGAAAAAAAUGUGUCUGUUGGCCGUUGUAUCUAUUUUUAGGAACACUAAUACAAAACCUCACAAUAAUUUCUGACUGAAUGCUAAAAACGUUAUGACAGGCCGCCUUAAAAAACAUAAUGGAAUUUUAUUUUUUUCUAUGAACGAUAAAACACUGAAUAUUGACAAAAUAUGAACGUCACACCGCCUUUCGAUCGAUAUAUUUUACAAUCAGUUGAAACACAACAAAAAUGCAAGAAACUGAAAUAUGAGCGCGAAGGGUAAAAAUGAACCCCACCUACAGUCUGAUAUAUCUGAUAUUUGCUGAAUUUCCCCAGGGAUCAAUAAAGUAUUUUCUAUUCUAUUCUAUUCUAUUCUAUAUAUCACUAAACUUUAGAACUUUGUUGUGAAAAACCCCUUCCGCGUUGUUGUGAAAAUCUCCUUCCGCGUCUGUGGAAACGCUUCCCGCCCACACUGCUUGGUGCCUCCUCUGAGCUGCUGUGAUGUAGAUGACAAUAGUAACUAAUUAGAUUACCAUAGUAACUGGUACAUCAUCCAUAAGUGCAGAUUCCUACCAUUGAAAUACUUUGUAUAGUUGAAGACUUACAGUCAUUAGAAAACAUCACUGCACAUCACGAUGGCAGCUACACCUUCCGUUUUAAAGAUUAAAAACAAUUAUUUGGGAAUGUCCGGCGGGCCAGAUUGAAAAACUAAACGGGCCGCAUGUAGUCCCCGGGCCUUGAUUUGCCGAGGCCUGCUAUAUACCCUGAACAAGUUGUAUGUUUAAUAUACAUUUUGGGAAAAUAUUUAAACUUAAAAAAUCUCAUGAUUUUUGUAUUGAACCUCCAGUGUACAUAAUAUAAAUUGGAAUUGCAAUGGUAGUCGUGAUGCAAUUUUGUUCACUUGGAAUAAAGUAUGUGUGUUAUCUA